GAAUUGGGGCAGUGUGAGUGAGCAGCGCGUACGCGUAUCGGUGUGUUUUUUAUUGAUGCUCAGAUAUUUGAAUUAUGCCCGAGCAGUCAAAGUGAGACAUUGGCGCUUCGAGCACGUAUCCGCGGAUACACCGGAAUAAAACAAAAAAGCACUCUGCAGCUCAAACAAUCCAACACACAGCCACUGCUGUGCCGCGCAAAGAUACAAAGACACUCGGAAACUGUUCGAUAUUAGCGGAAGAUGGAUGGGCAGCAAAGUGCUUGCAUCGAUGCUGGCGUUGAUGGACAGUCAUAAAUUCGGCGUGAAAUUCGCACAGACACUUAGAUACUUGGCCAUCCCGCAGAUACUAAUCGCGAUCUGUGACAAAUUGCGCGAGUGCGUGUGUUCUAGUUCCGUACUUAAAAGCCGUCCAAAUCCGUCGAUUAGCCCUUUGCGGCCAGUUGCCAUCUAAACAUUCACCUGCAGGUAGAACGCUCAAGUCUAGCCAAUUUGCCAGCAGGAUGCCAGCGGAUUAACUCUCCACAUAUCCGGCUGGUUGUGACAUUUUGCCUUUGUGAUUGCCCUCUGCUAUUUCCGAGUUACAAGUGAGGUUUGUGAUUCAGUGCAGUGAAUAUCAGAAAAGAAACCCGCUUCACCAGAGGUGAGCGCCGACGGCUAACUGCAAUUACUCCAAUCCACGACUAGGACCCCUGGCUUCAGAAUGGAUCCCGACUGCUUCGCGAUGUCCUCGUACCAGUUCGUCAACUCGCUGGCCUCCUGCUAUCCGCAGCAGAUGAAUCCGCAGCAGAACCACCCGGGAGCGGGCAACUCGAGUGCGGGCGGCAGUGGCGGCGGGGCGGGCGGCAGCGGGGGCGUGGUGGCCAGCGGCGGGGCAAACGGCGGCCAGGGCAGCGCGGGGGCGGCCACUCCGGGGGCCAACGACUACUUCCCGGCGGCGGCGGCCUACACGCCCAACCUCUACCCGAACACUCCGCAGGCGCACUACGCCAACCAGGCGGCCUACGGCGGACAGGGCAACCCCGACAUGGUGGACUACACACAGCUGCAGCCGCAGCGCCUGCUCCUGCAGCAGCAGCAGCAGCAACAGCAGCAGCAGCACGCCCACGCAGCGGCGGCGGUGGCCGCGCAGCAGCAGCAGCAGCAACUCGCCCAGCAGCAACACAACCCGCAACAGCAGCAGCAACAGCAGCAGCAGCAGCAGGCCAACAUCAGCUGCAAGUACGCCAACGACCCCGUGACGCCGGGCGGCAGCGGGGGAGGGGGCGGCGUCCCCGGCAGCAACAACAACAACAAUAGCGCCAACAGCAACAACAACAACAACAGCCAGUCCCUGGCCAGCCCGCAGGACCUCUCCACGCGGGACAUCUCGCCGAAGCUCUCGCCGAGUUCGGUGGUGGAGAGCGUGGCCAGAUCGCUGAACAAGGGCGUCCUGGGCGGCAGUCUGGCCGCCGCGGCCGCCGCCGCCAGCCUGAACAACAACCACAGCGGAUCCGGGGUGCCCGGCGGACCGGGCAACGUCAACGUCCCCAUGCACAGUCCGGGGGGCGGGGACUCGGACUCCGAGAGCGACAGCGGCAACGAGGCGGGCAGCAGCCAGAACAGCGGCAACGGCAAGAAGAACCCGCCGCAGAUCUAUCCCUGGAUGAAGCGAGUGCAUCUCGGAACGAGUACUGUGAAUGCCAAUGGCGAGACGAAACGACAACGGACCUCAUACACCCGCUACCAGACGCUGGAGCUGGAGAAGGAGUUCCACUUCAACCGCUACCUGACCCGCCGCCGCAGGAUCGAGAUCGCGCACGCCCUCUGCCUCACGGAGCGGCAGAUCAAGAUCUGGUUCCAGAACCGGCGCAUGAAGUGGAAGAAGGAGCACAAGAUGGCCUCGAUGAACAUCGUGCCGUACCACAUGGGCCCCUACGGCCACCCGUACCACCAGUUCGAUAUCCAUCCGUCGCAGUUCGCGCACCUGAGCGCAUAGGACGCGUGGCACUUUUCGGGUACUGGUUAGAGACUCAAUCAGUUGUAUCAGGAACCAUAUCAGACGGCGGCGGCGGCCUCGGCGGCCAGCGGCUACCAGUCGCAGGACGGCGGCUCCGUGGGCGGUGGCUCAGUGGGCGUGGGAGUGGGAGUGGGCGGUGGUGGUGGAGGAGCGGGUGGGCCAGGUGGCCUGCCCAACGGCAACGGGCCCAACUCCCUGUUCGCCUCCACCGCCUCCGGCUCGCAGGCGACCGACUGCAUCAAGUAUCCGCAGGAGUUCUGAUCUCAGGUUAUCAUCAGGCAGCAGCAGCAGCAGCAGCAACAGCUAAAGCAGCAGCCGCAGCAGCAGCAGCAGCGGGAUAAUCCCCUGGAUCGGAACCAGGAUCGGGGCUUCGAGCAGCUCUUGGAGUCGGACUGUGAGCCCGAUCCGGAGCUGCAGCUGGAGUUCAAAGCGGACAUCGUCGGCUGCAACUUGUACUGCUGCUGAGUCCUGAGUCCGCCUGCCACGCCCCCUUCCGGCCCCCCUGUCGCCUGCCGCCCCGCCAACCGCCCGUCGCCUACCGCCUGUCGCCGCCCGUCGAUCAACCAACAUCCAGUGAUGUUUCUUGUUUGCAACUGAUUCGUGUUAAGCUAAGAAACGAGCCACUCCGCUUGGUUCGUUUGGGUUUAUGAUACUGGAGGCGGAACCGCGAGCAAUCGCAAUUCACGGCAGUCGAGCUGAGACCAACAAAAUUCCAAACCAGCCAGAGGAGCAAGUAUCUUUGCUGUGUUUCACAAACCAAGAUGGAAUUGUUCAUGUCAGUAUGGAUCAAUAUCACGUUGAUAUUUGAUGUUGACUUGCUGUUGGUUCGUACGGAUAUGCAUUGUAUCGCUCUCGAAUGUGGGAACUCAGUGAUAUACUUGGUUUCUAUGGCUCCACGAGUGCUCGUGGUCCUUCCAGUAUGAUGAAUCUCUUUCUCUAAGCAGUAUUCGAAAAGCUGUUAGUUUGUAAGCCUAGCUUAAUUUUAGCCCUAAGCUGCACAGAUGAACAGACAGAGCUGUCAAGUUGAGCAAAACUAAUAUCUGCAAUAAUUUCAAAGUGAUUUCUAAUUAACAUUAGUCCUUCGUUCGUAUCUCCCCCACCCAGAACCGAUCCCCCUCCCAUCCAAUACCCCACCCGCACCCUCCAGGGAGUCCUAAAGAGUGUACUUAAUUCCUAGCUAGUAGAGAACCUUACUCUAGUUAACCACAUAAGGCUUUGUUUAGUUUGUAAAUAGCGGAGCACCCCGGCUCGGGGUCGCCUUUUAUUAUGUUUGUGUUUCGUCUUGAGAGGAAAUUCGGAAAUAUCUGCAACUGUUCAGUUUAUUUUGUAUGUUUGCGUUUGUGUUGUUGAAAGUGCUCUAGCAGCUUGAAAAUGCUUUACUAACUUUAUCGAUCGUAUUCAAUCGUUUUUGAUUAAUUGCCACUGAAGAACAAAUUCGGAGUAUAAACAGGAAGAAAAAUAUUUCAAAUUCAGCAUAGAACUUGCUAUAGCUAAUCGCAGUUUUCUUUAGAUCAGCAACUGACCCUUCCACAUUAUUUAUUCAACGGCCUCUCAACAAUGUCUGUAAAUUUAAUUGCGUAGUUAAUCGUACAGUAAGCCAACGAAAUUUGAUAAGAGCGAGAAUUGUUAAAGCCUAAAGCUAAAGCAAACCCAUAACCGUAAUGUAAAGUAAUUAUUUAUGCUGUACUUUUCGCUAAGCUAAGGUUAGUGCAUUCUAGAACUAUCGGUAGUCUAUGUGAACCUAGCCAGUAAGCCUAAAUUAUGUAUAUCGAAUUAGCAAGACAAAUUUUAGAGAAAGCAAAUCAGAAUGAGCAAGGCAAAGCGAAACGAACAAAACCAUGGAAAUGAGAGAAUCAAACAAAAAAUACCUAGCACAAAUUAUUUAAUCGUUUUUUGUUUCCCAUUUUGUACAUUUGUUCAAUCUUAGUUUGUACAACAUUUCAACUGUUUGUUUAAUGCAAUUUGUCGGAACCGAAAUGAAGUGAUUUUCACAGCCGAUUUAAGUGGAACACCAUUCGAAGUUUUGGGUUAAGGGUUAAGGGGGCAAGAAGUUUAACUGCAUUCCAUGUAAAAAUAAAGUUACCAACUAAUUUUAAAUGAAAUUCUCAUGUAUGUAUCACCUUAAUCUGGGUUCGAUUGCCAAGGCAAUUAUUAUACAAAAACGGUUCAAAAACAAAAAUCCGAUCACUUCAACUAUGAAUCCACGGAAACCAUACAAAUAUAAAGAAAAACAAAACACCUAUGUAAACAUGUAUGACUAUGGCAUAAAAAAUAAAAACUAUUUUAAAUUGUA